CUCGGGCUUUUUCAAAGGAAUUUCCUUGCGCGGGAUGACGCCGAAGUCUAAUUCUUCUCCAGAUUUCCCCAGUCGGCCCAAUUGCGACCCCCACUGCUGGAACGUGAAACUUGUCUCAUUGGACAAUUCAACUUAUAUAGUCAAGACAGUUGUUACAAAACCUGAUGAAGCACGAAGAUCAUCAUCGUCCAUUUCAAUCCGUAUUGUUCUAUUUAAAAGACCUUCCUCCCGCUCGUAGUUUAUUGCUAUAAAUCUCCAGUAUACCAAGAAGAGUACCAAGAAGAGUACGAAUAAGAAUACGAAUAAAGGAGCAGACACAAGCCUAUAGUUAUCGUAAUAACAAAUAUGGCGGUAUCGCAAGCAAGACAGCCCUAUUUUGGGCUGAAGGGUAAAUGGCUGACCUUCUGGAUCACUCUCGCUUGCGCUACAGACAUGACCCUUUUUGGAUAUGACCAAGGUGUAUUCAGCGGUGUUAUUAUUUCGAAAGACUAUCUGGACGUCCAUAACCUAAACGGCCCGGAAAAUACAAGCCUUCUAUCCAUCAUUAUCUCGAUUUAUACCAUCGGUUGCUUCCUCGGCGCUCUGAUUUCAUUUUACAUGGGAGAGGCGAUUGGCCGUAAGAAAACUGUGCUCGUUGGUACUACAAUCAUGACUGUCGGUGCUGUUCUCCAGACUACUUCCUUCAGCGUUCCACACAUGAUAGUUGCCCGUGUCGUCGCAGGUAUCGGCAAUGGUAUCAACACAGCUACUGCCCCUGUUUGGCAAACGGAGACCUCUAAAGUCCACAACAGAGGAUUUCUUGUAGUGCUUGAAAUGAGCAUGAACAUCUUUGGUUUCUCCAUGAGUAACUGGGUCAACUACGGAAUGUCCUUCGUUGGAGGAUCCGUCGGAUGGCGGUUUCCCCUGGCUCUCCAGCUAGUCUUCUGCAUCAUUCUCUUCUCCACUGUCCCGUGGCUACCCGAGUCACCCAGAUGGCUGCUUGCACACGGCCAAGAGGUUGAAGCAGCACAGAUCUUAGCGGACUUGGAGGACAAGCCGGUUGACGAUCCUUACAUCGUUGCUGAGCGCGAAGAAAUUGUUUACGGUAUCGAGUAUGAACGCCAAAACUCCAUCAACUGGAGUGACCUGCUCCGAGGCCGUACCAAGGCUGGAACCAAAACCAUUCGACGACUGAUCCUCGGCUGCGGCACUCAAGCUAUGGAGCAAUUUGGUGGCAUUAAUGUCAUGUCUUACUACCUUCCUACUGUGCUGAUCGAGUCAGUCAAGCUUGAUGAGAGUAUGGCCCGUCUUAUUUCAGCCUGUGCGUCGGUUGCAUAUCUCUUCUCAUCUUUGGUGGCAGCGCCUCUUGUAGACAAGCUUGGUCGCCGCCUUAUGAUGAUGAUUUCGACUGCGAUUCAGUUGGUCUGCUUCUUGCUCGUCACCGUCCUACUCCACUUCGCGGAGAAACCCGGUUACCUUCACCAGGUUGAAGUGUCCAAGGCUUCCGUUGUUUGGUUUUUCAUCUACUACAUGGGUUUUGGUUUAGGGAUGCUGGGUGUUCCAUGGCUAUACCCCACCGAAAUUAACGCUCUUCCCAUGCGAACAAAGGGAGCUGCUGCCGCUACCAUGACAAACUGGAUAACAAACUUUAUUGUCGUCGAAGUGACACCCAUCGGUAUCCAGAAGCUGGGCUGGAAAUUCUACAUCAUCUGGACAGUGACCAACGCACUUUUCUUGCCCAUAAUAUGGCUAUUCUACCCCGAGACGGCCAACCGCACUUUGGAGGACAUAGACGCUUACUACCGCGACAACCCACCCCUGGUCCUCCACAAGGACCGCGACUCUACCUGCAUCCGUCGACCGGCGAGGUUUGCCGAGGCACAAGGUCGGGACAUCGAAGAGGCCGCGAAGCACUUGGAGAAACGUGCCACUGUCGCCCAUAUCGAAGGGGGGUCGGAGUCGAGCGAAUGAACAGUUUCCUUGUUUUACGAAUUCCCGUCUAUGGGAUACCCAGCGAGGUGCAUUGACCACAUUGCUUGUACGGAUUGGAAUAUAUCAGGGCGUUUUUUACGACAUUUAUAACGAGCAUAUGAUCUAGUAGGGGCACAUGCGCAUAUCUGGGGUUUCUGGGUUAGACUUGAUACCACUUAGUUCAUAACAAUUUACAACAGAGUUCAUGAAUUAAC